GUAGCUCCCAAAGCAACUUUGUCAUCUUAAAAUAUGUCGAUGGUUUCAUAAAUAGGCCUUUUGCCUUUCUGCAGAGCUGCUUCCUCUCCCUUCUUCUCUGCAAAUUCACACUCAAGUAUUGUGGGUCUGGUCCAAAAAUCACAAUGCAAUAGAAGGGGCUAGUGUAUGAUAAGAAGCAGGUUUUCAAGUCAAGUGGGUUGGUAACCAUGGCAACAGCUUCAUGGCUUUCAUCCCUUGAAUGUUCUCCCUCUAUCAAUCAAUCUUCAGACACUCUUUCACUUGUAUUUCAAUGGGUAGGCUUCAUUUUUCUCUCUCCUUGUACCCAAAGAAUCAUCUGGUCGUCCGUUGACCUACUGUUGGUCUUCACCCUCAUAGUGGUUGGAGCCCAAAAGCUGUUUUCUAAGUUUACCUCCAAUGGCACUUCCACUACCAGCUCCUCCAUUAAUGAACACCUUCUUGGAACUGAUAAGUCUCAAUUUAGAGUCAGCCUUUGGUUCUACCUAUCUCUACUUGUCACAGCUCUAUUGGGCAUAUCUUAUGCUGUUAUCUGCAUAAUAGCCUUCAGUCAAGGGGUCAAUUCACCAUGGGGGAUAGGAGAAUCUUUGUUCAGGUUAGUUCAAGCAAUAACCCAAGUUGUAAUUUUGGUUCUUAUUGCUCAUGAGAAAAAGUUUGGAGCUAUUUCUCAUCCUCUGUCCCUCAGAAUAUAUUGGGUUGCAAAUUUUAUUGUUCUGUGCUUAUUCUCUGCUGGGGCUAUCUUUCGGCUGAUCUCUAAUGGUGGAGAUGUGAAUCAAUAUGUCAAAAUGGAUGACAUAUUUUUCUUGGCUACUAUUCCAUUAUCUGCUUUUCUUUUCAUUGUUGCUAUUAAGGGGUCAUCUGGGAUUAGCGUGGUUAGAGAAUCUGAACUUAGUACAGACUUGAGAGCAGAAGGGUAUGAACCCAUUUCGACAGAAACCAAUGAGAGUAGCUAUGCUAAGGCUUCUUUGUUUUCUAAAGCAGUAUGGCUUUGGUUGAAUCCAUUGCUAGAUAAGGGAUACAAAUCCGCUCUAAAGAUUGAAGAAGUCCCUACGCCUCCCCCGGAUGAUCGAGCCGAAAGAUUGGCUGAGCUAUUUGAGACCAAUUGGCCAAAGCCAGGGGAGAGGUCAAAAAACCUUGUACUUACCACAUUACUCCGGUGCUUCUGGAAGGACAUGGUUUUCACCGGUUUCCUUGCCCUCCUGCGGUUAACCGUUACCUAUGUUGGUCCAAUGCUAAUCCAGAGUUUUACAGAUUUCACAGCUACGAAAAACCGCAACCUAUUUAAAGGGUGUUAUCUAAUAUUAAUCCUCCUGUUUGCUAAACUCAUUGAAGCCCUCAGUUCACAUCACUUCAAUUUCUAUUCUCAGAAACUUGGAAUGCUUAUUAGGACCAGUGUCAUUACCGCUUUGUAUAAGAAAGGGCUCAGAUUGUCUUGUUCCUCUAGGCAAGAUCAUGGGGUAGGACAGAUUGUGAAUUAUAUGGCUGUCGAUGCCCAGCAGCUCUCUGACAUGAUGACGCAGCUUCACUCGGUAUGGUCGAUGCCAUUACAAGUUGUUGUAGCGUUGGUCCUUUUAUAUUUUUACUUGGGUCUCUCGACGCUUGCAGCAUUGGCAGCAGUCGUUGCAGUUUUAAUCUUCACUCUGAUACGUACCCAGAGGAACAAUAUAUUACAGUACAGUGUGAUGAUGAACCGUGAUUUGAGGAUGAAGGCAACAACUGAGAUUCUCAACAAUAUGCGGGUGAUCAAGUUCCAAGCAUGGGAGGAAUACUUUGAUCAGAGAAUUCGAGGUUUUCGUCAAUCAGAGUAUGGCUGGAUCAGUAAGUUCAUGUACUCAAUUUCUUUGAACUUGGUUGUGCUCACGAGCACCCCUGUGGUGGUAGGAGCUCUUAUAUUUGCAGUUGCAGUUUUGUUGGGAACCCCUCUUGAUGCCGGGAAAGUGUUCACAGCAACAUCAAUAAUAAAAAUUUUACAGGAUCCUGUCCGGAGCUUUCCACAAGCUCUUAUUUCAAUUUCACAAACUAUGAUCACAUUAGGGAGGUUGGAUAGGUACCUGACAAGUCGGGAUCUUCAGGAUCUUUCGGUGGAGAGAGAGGAAGGUUGUGAUGGUUCUAUUGCAGUGGAGGUGAAAGAUGGGAGUUUUUCGUGGGAUGAUGAAGGCAGUGAGGAGGUUCUGAAAGGGGUAAAUCUUGAGAUCAAAAAGGGGGAGCUUGGUGCGAUUGUUGGAACCGUUGGAUCAGGGAAGUCUUCUUUAUUGGCUUCAAUUCUUGGUGAGGUGCACAAAAUUUCAGGCAAGGUCAGAGUUUGCGGGAGUACAGCUUAUGUGGCACAAUCAUCAUGGAUACAGAACGCAACUAUUCAAGAAAACAUCUUGUUUGGUUCACCCAUGAACAGGGAAAGAUACAAGGAAGUGAUAAGAGUUUGUUGCCUGGAGAAGGAUUUAGAAAUUAUGGAUCAUGGAGACCAAACAGAAAUUGGAGAGCGUGGAAUCAACCUUAGUGGAGGUCAGAAGCAGCGAAUACAACUUGCUAGAGCCGUAUAUCAGGACUGUGAUAUCUAUCUUCUUGACGACGUAUUUAGCGCUGUUGAUGCUCACACUGGGUCAGACAUAUUCAAGGAAUGUGUGAGAGGAGCACUGAAAGAUAAGACCAUUUUACUUGUAACCCACCAAGUUGACUUGUUGCCUAAUGCCGAUCUUAUAUUGGUCAUGCGAGAUGGGAAAAUUGUGCAAUCUGGGAGGUAUCAAGAGCUUCUUCAAUCUGGCUUGGAUUUUAGUGCACUUGUGGCUGCCCAUCAAACCUCCAUGGAACUUGUAGAAAUGAACACUACCACGUCUGUUGACAACCCGCCACAAACACCAAAAUCACCUCAUGCCGCAAGCCCAAGAGAUAUUAAUGGUGAAAAUAGGUCUCUAGAGCGAUCCAAGUCUGAAAAAGGAAAUUCGAAACUCAUUGAAGAGGAGGAAAGAGAAACAGGCCAAGUCAGCUCAGAUGUGUACAGACAAUACUGCACCGAGGCAUUUGGAUGGUGGGGAGUAGCAGUUGUGAUGCUGUUUUCUCUUUUUUGGCAGUCAUCUCUUAUGGCAAGCGACUACUGGCUGGCAUAUGAGACUUCAGAUGAACAAAUUUUCAACCCUUCUUUGUUUGUCAACAUAUACUCGAUCAUAGCUGUGGUUUCAUGUGUAGUGUUGGUAAUUAGAGCAUACCUUGUAACAUUUUUGGGUCUAAAGACAUCUCAGAGCUUCUUCAAUCAAAUUCUACACAGCAUCCUGCAUGCUCCAAUGUCAUUCUUUGACACCACUCCUUCUGGAAGAAUAUUAAGUCGUGCAACAACAGAUCAAACCAACGUUGACUUUUUAAUUCCAAUAUUUAUGGGAAUGACAAUUAUGAUGUACUUCUCAUUGCUUAGCGUUGCUAUCAUUACUUGCCAGUACGCUUGGCCAACAGUAUUCCUCAUACUCCCAAUGGUUUGGGCGAAUAUCUGGUACAAGGGAUACUACCUUGCAACAUCUCGGGAGUUAACCCGGCUUGCUUCAAUCACUAAAGCCCCAGUCAUCCAUCACUUCUCAGAGACCAUUUCUGGCGUAAUGACCAUACGUUGCUUCAAGAAACAGAACAUGUUUUUCCAAGAAAAUGUUGACAGGGUCAAUGUAAAUCUACAGAUGGAUUUCCACAACAAUGCAUCAAAUGAGUGGUUGGGAUUCCGCUUGGAAACGAUCGGGACCUUUUUCCUCUGCAUUUCGACCUUGUUUAUGAUCAUGUUGCCAAGCUCUAUUGUGAAUGCAGAUUAUAUUGGUUUGUCUCUUUCCUAUGGCCUGGGACUGAAUAGUUUGCUGUUUUGGACGGUAUAUAUGACUUGUACCUUGGAGAAUCGAAUGGUUUCCGUGGAGAGAAUAAAACAAUUCAUUAGAAUCCCUUCGGAAGCUGAAUGGAAGAUAACAAGUUCACUUCCAUCUCCCAACUGGCCCAACCAUGGUGACAUUGAGAUAAAAGCCUUGAAGGUUAGGUAUCGGCCAAAUACUCCUAUGGUUCUCAAAGGCGUUAAUGUUAGUAUCCAAGGAGGAGAGAAGGUUGGCGUUGUUGGCCGAACUGGCAGUGGGAAGUCAACUCUGAUUCAAGUUUUCUUCAGGCUAGUGGAGCCUUCGUCGGGAACAAUAAUAAUCGAUGGUGUUGACAUUUGCACGCUUGGCCUUCAUGAUCUGCGGUCUCGUUUUGGGAUCAUUCCUCAGGAACCUGUCCUUUUUCAAGGAUCAAUUAGAACCAAUAUCGACCCAAUUGGGUUGUAUUCUGAUGAAGACAUAUGGAAGAGUCUUGAACGCUGCCAACUGAAAGAUGUGGUUGCUGCAAAGACAGGAAAACUUGACGCUUCAGUGACUGAUAGUGGAGACAAUUGGAGUAUGGGUCAGAGGCAGCUUAUGUGCUUGGGGAGAGUUAUGCUGAAGCAUAGCAAGAUUCUGUUUAUGGAUGAAGCAACAGCUUCUGUUGAUUCCCAAACUGAUGCUGUAAUUCAGAAGAUCAUUCGGGAGGACUUCGCAGACUGUACAAUUAUUAGCAUUGCUCACAGAAUACCCACAGUUAUUGACUGUGACAAGGUGUUAGUUAUUGAUGCUGGACUUGCAAAGGAAUAUGACAAACCUUCUAGAUUAAUUGAGAGGCCAUCACUGUUUGGGGCACUGGUUCAAGAGUAUGCCAACAGAUCAUCAGGAUUAUGAACACCCUUUUCACUGUUUCCUUGAGGCACUUCAUUAGCAUGAUGAUGACAAAAUUUGUUCGGGAGCUGCAAAUGCUGGGAAUGAUGAACCAGACCCUGGCUUCUACAUGGAGAGAUAUUUAUCUGCGGCCCAACAUAUAUUGAGGUCUAAAGCGACAAAUUUAAAUAGGAACUUUUAAUCUUUUUAAUAUUAAUGCUCGCUAGUUCAAUUCAAUUACGUAUUCUUAAUCAAAUUUUGUUUUCAUGUCUUAUCAAUUACUAAAAUAUCUUUUUGUUUGAUACUUGUAACAAAUUUAUCAAUAUUUUUUUUAGGUACAAUAAGUUUUUUAAUUUUUAAAAUUUUUA